UCGGAUAGAUGUCUACCCCCACCAACCAAUCCUACCCUUCGCGGCCGGCCAUUUGCUACCAGAUUCUGCGACACCGAUGAGAAAUUCUGGACGCUUCCUGACAUGACGUCGUACUGGGGGCGGUUCAUCGACUGCACUGAGGCUGACACGUUCUGCGACUCGCGCACCGACGAGAUAUCUGACUGCGAUGGGAUAUUCACCUAUUACGUGAUGUGGCGUGACGGAGUGGACCGCUACGAGUAG